AAAUUCCAAUAAUCAAACAAAACUCAAAACACACAUCGCCGAACGAGCAAAGAGAAGCCGUGUUUUGAGAUGAAAACGGUUACGCUGUAGUAUAUGGCUGUUAGCACAGACUUGUAGUAUAAUAUAGAGUCAUUCACGAGUAUUUGUUUCAUUUUAUCACAAGAUGGCAAGCGAGAAUUUUUAUGAUAUUUUAAACGUACGAAAGGACGCAAGUCCUGAUGAAAUAAAGAAGGCCUACUAUAAUUUGGCGAAGCAGUAUCAUCCUGAUAAAAACCGGGCACCAGAUGCAGCUGAGCAGUUCAAAAGGAUAAGCCUAGCUCAUGAGGUAUUGAGCAAUCCGUCAAAACGGCUAAGAUACGACAACGCUAAAAAGAGGGGCCCUGACUUCGACUGUAACGAUGACACUUGGUCAUCCGCACCAAAUUAUGAGACUGCGAAGGAAUGGUUUGAACAUUACUUUCCUAAUUUUAGUGCCGAGGAUCCUUUUGAUACACACGAAAGCUUCAGAACGAAUAUGAAAAGCAGUGAAACGAAGAAUUUCAGCAUGCACGAGCAGAGCAAAGAGCAGAACAGUACACGGAAUAGUGAGUUUACAAGAGACAAUUUUUUUGCAAGAAAAAGAAAACCAGACUUUAAUUGGGGGGUGUUUGAUUCUGACAAUGGACCAUCUUCCGCCUCGAAUAAACGAGGAAGACAGGAACCUUGUUCAAAUUCGGCAGCGGCGAACAACUGCGGUUCUCCCUUCUCUGCCAAAAGAUCCUACGAUUGAAAGACAUAUCGAGGUCUCUCUUGAAGAGAUCGCAUCAGGAUGUAUAAAGAAGUUAAAAAUCCGACGAAAAAUAAACGAUGAACGCGGACGAUUCAC